AUGAGUGCCCCGAGAUGCGGGGUGCCCGACUUGGUCCAUCCUCGGCACACAGGAAGGAAUGCCACUAAGCCUAGCAAGUUCCACAUGGUAGCGCGCUAUAACUUCUUUCCCAACAUGCCUAAGUGGCCGCCUUCCCAAACCCAUCUCAAUUACGCUUUCGGCCCGAUCCCCGGGGCCAUCCCACUGGAGGAGUUGAGAGGAGUCUGCUCGAGAGCUUUCCAGAGCUGGGCUGAUGUUACCGUGUUCACUUUCUCAGAAACUUCGAUGGGCGAGUCGAUCGACAUCGUCAUAGGCUUCUACAGUGGCGAUCAUGGUGAUGGUAAUCCUUUCGACGGGCCCGGCAAUGUUCUUGCCCAUUCAUUUUCCCCGACCGACGGUAGGUUCCACUAUGACGCGGAUGAGCAAUGGAGCACUAACCCGAGCUCGACCCAAUUCGACUUGGAAUCGGUGGCCUUGCAUGAAAUAGGACACCUCCUAGGGCUUGCCCACACCCCCGAUCAGAACGCCGUUAUGUAUGCCAUGACGAAUCCUGGUGCUCUCAAAAGGGAUCUUCGACAAGACGACAUCGAUGGCAUACAUGCUUUGUACGCUGGGCAAUAG